AUAUAGAGGUUCUUCUGUACUUAACUUCGAAAGCUGUAAUUCUUUUUGUAUCUUGUUCAUUGGUGAUCUAUGCUUCACAUCCAUAGUGUGCUGCGGUGGAGAAUAAUAUAGUACGUUUUAGAAGUACUUAUGUGGAAAACCAUAAAAAUGGUGUGAACAUUUUGGUUGACAUAAAAAAUAAACUUUAGAAUUAUUGUCCUUUGUUUGGCACCUCGCAUUCUUGUCUGCGAGGGUGUGCAAUAAUUACUGAUGGUUUCUGUUAAAUCUCUCUUGCGAAGUUGUGAUUCUCUUUCACUUUUCUCAACAGAAUCAACACGCUCAGUUCACCUGGGCUCAAGGAGACUUAUUGGGCGCAUCAAACUGGCCGACAUUUUCUCAAACUAUUCAUUACUACGGCGCCGUGCCCCGCUGUGCGGACCAGUGUGUCUCGAUGGUAAAACCCAGAGUGCCUAACGAUCUCGUCUUCUUACAAACGGAUUGUUGUACGACAGAAUACCGUCAUCUGUGCGAGGACGUGGACGAGUGUGAGACGGGCACACAUACAUGCCACGUGAGCACACAGAAGUGUCGUAAUGAUCUGGGCACGGGCUAUUCCUGUGUGAACAUUCCCCCCACUCCUACAGCCUCGGGAGACCUCGGGGUCUUUCUACAAGGCUCUGACGUGACGAUGUAUUGUACUUACACUGGCCCGGGGUUUCCCAGCAAGUUUACAUGGUACAAAGCCGGAUUGUAUUUCACUGAUCAGAACCAAACCAUUUUAAUGAUAUCUCACGCCGUCUUUUUGGAGGAUGCUAGUUACCGAUGUACUGUGACGGUAGAUGGAGUGGAGUCGGCUCUGAGCAAUGGCAUUUCAUUGGUAGGAUCUUUUCCUCCCGACCAGCCCACACUUAACGUAACACGUGGCCUUCCCGUGCCAGCCGGAGAGAGUGUGACCUUGAACUGUACCACAUCGAUAGAUGGCAACGACUUUCUUUUUUUGUGGAAAAAAAACGGUUUGGUAUUUAUUAAACAAGCACAGCCGGAUCUCCACAUCGUCAGUUUCUUUCCCGGAGACUCUGCCUCGUACACCUGUCAAGUUCAGAACACGACGUCACAGCUGCUAUCCCCAGAAAGUAAUGACAUACUUCUCCAGUUUUUUCUAACAACUCCGGAGUUGUCUGUCUACACGUUGCCCAGAGUGGCCGGAGACACGCCAAGAAAAACUCUCCAAGUAGUGAACGGUAGUGACGUGGAACUCACGUGUAAGAGCCCUGACCCAGUUGAACAUUUCCUCUGGAAAACACCCCAGAGUUUGACCACCAGUAUGACCUUAUCUGAGACGUUUGAGUUGCUUAAUUUCACAUCUGUUUAUGCCGGAAACUAUAUGUGUUUCUCAAAGAUAGGAGAUGUGAAGUCAGCAGAAAGCAACAACGUCACAAUUGAGGAAAGUACCAGACCCAGACUGACGUCAUCUCUAACGAAUGUUCCAGAAGGAACUUUGGUAAAACUUUCUUGUCAAUCUCAUAACCCCGUGCAUCUCAGGUUCCGCUGGCAGAGGGAUGGCGUCACAUUCGGGGAAGGAACUGAACCCACGUAUAAGAUCUUAAACUUCGAGAAAAAAGAUGAGGGCGAAUACCGUUGUCUCGCAGGCGACAUCAGGCAAGAUUGGACUGUGAGCACAGCAGAGAACCUGACCGCCAUUCCAUACAACUCACUCUGUAAAUGUAUGUGCAUUGCCAAUUCGACCACAGUGGAAAUCUCUAGGCAAGAAAUACACCUAGUGACGUCAGAAAUUGAACGGAAUUUGAGUGUGGACCACACCCACCUCUCGUCUACCGUGAGAAAACGGACGUCAGCACCUGAUGAACGGAAGUCCAGCGUGUCUACAGGGUCUGGGGCCAUCGUCAUGUUGUCUCUGGUCUUCUGCGCCAUCGUCAUCCCCGACUUGGUGACUGCCUUCUAUUAUAUCAAGGCUACAGUCCAAGCUGGGGGGUUACAAACCUAGACGAGGAUAUUAAAUUGUAUUUUACAAAGCUAGAAAAAGAAGCUUACAGCUAGUAUUUUACAAGGCUAAAAGAUACAGCUAGUUAUUUACAAACUUAGAAGCUAGUAUAAUUAAUAUUGUAUUUUAUGAGGCUUGAAGCGCAUAGGUAGUAUUUUACAAAGAUAAAAGCUUAUAGAUAGUUUUGUACAAAGUUAGAAGAAUAAGCUUACAGAUAGUAUUUUACAAGGCUAAAAGAUACGAUUAGUUACUUAUAAACCUAGAAGCAUAAUGAUAGUAUUUUUACAAGGCUAAAAGACAUAGCUAUUUUUUAUUUUUUACAAACGUAGAUGCUUACAAGGCUAGAAGAUGCAGCAAAUUAUUUACAAACAUAGAGGCUUACAGAAUAUAGUAUUUUACAAAGCAAGAAGAAAAAAUGUACACAUAGCCUUUUACAAGGUCAAAAGUUAUUUACAAAGCUAGAAGUCUACACAGUGUAAUAUACGACGCUGAAAGAUGUAGCUAGUUACUUACAGAGUUAGAAGUUUACAGAGCAGCUUCUUAUUUGAAAGAUCUAAGUGUACGGAUAGUAUCUUACAUUGCUAGAAGCGUCCUGGUAGUAUCAAAAGUGUACAGACAUUAAUUUACAAGGCUAUAAGAGUACAGCGAGCAUUUUUACAAAGAUAGAAGAGUUGAGACAGUAUUGUAAGUGUACAUAUGAAAUGUACAGAUAGUAUCUAUUGACA